UUAGGGAAAUGCAAGCAAAUUUCAUGAGUUGUAUAUAUUUUGAAGCAUAGUAUUAAAAAAAACUUAAAUGAGAUAUUUGGUGGAAAAACUGACCAAAAUUAGAGAACACUUUCAGAUUCCUCUGUAUUUGUGUUAAUCUGACAUCUGAUGGAAUUUCCUUGACAAAGAACCAACAGUCUAAUUUCAUUUAUUUUGCAAGUUGGCCAUCUGUUCUAGUAUGACUGAUGAAGACCAGCAAUAUUACCCCUAAUUUAAGUGAAUGCAAAUAUUUAUAAACAUUUCCUUCUGCAACAUUAUUCUGUUCAUGCAUUCAUCAUCCAGUCAGUAUGCAAUUGGCAAAGAGCCAAAUGCACAGCAAAAUAGGUAAGGCUGUUCAUUCAAGCUAAAAAUAAUGAAAUGGCAGACUGGAGUACUGCUGUAAACCUGAUUCAAAUUUUAAUUAAUUAAUUUUCUUUUCGGCUUAGUCCCUUUAUUAAUUCGGAGUUGACGCAGCAGAGUGAACCAACCAACUUAUCCAUCACGUUUUACGCAGCAGAUGCCCCUCCAGCUGCAACCCAUUAAUGGGAAAUGAUUGAAAUUUAUGGGGAAAAAAUCCUUCUGAUAGUCAUUAUCCUUAAAAUUUGUCUAAAAACCCAGUACUGUUGGUGAACUGUGGAGAUUGAGGAAGAGCUGAUCAAGAUCACAGGGUUAGCAGUGAUAGACUAGUGAUGUGCCUGUAGAUUUGUUGCAGACAUUUUUUUUUUUAGUUAUUGACUGAUGUAAACUUAAAUAAUUGCUAUUUUCUUUUACGUGCUACAAUUGUUGCUGUUCUCUAACUUUAAUUACAAAAUUGCUAAAGUGACUUUUUUUAUAAGGAGAAAAAAAAGUUACAUCAAGAAAUACCUUCAAACGCUGAAUGGUGAAUAUUGUCUCUAAUGAAUAAAUAAAUAAUCUGCUUUAAUGUUGCACUUCUGUCUCAACUUAAAUUAAGUGACAAAUUGUUUUAUGAUGCAAUUUGAGCUCUCCAGGGAACCUUUUUUGUUUUUUAAACGGCCAAAUUAUAAAAUGUAUUUAAUAAAACAAUAAAAAUAAUAUUUAAACUGAGUUUGUGAACUGGGUGUUAAAAAUAAUGACCUAAAAUAUUUUCCAAGCCACAUUUUAGAAAGAUUUAUAAAAUCAAUUUUCCAUCCACAGCAUAACUUUGGUAUUAUUUAAGAAGUUACUUUUUACAUUAGAAUGGGGGGCACACUUUCAUAACAUCUAAAACAUUGAAAACAAUUACAUUACAACCCCAACGUCCUUGCAUUAAAUAUAACAUUUUCACUAUUCUUAAUUUUUUUCUCAUAUUCUGCUUUAAAUAUUAAAAAUCGUAUCAUCGAUUGUAACUUACACAAGACAUGCUAGAAAUCGUUGGACUUUUGCACAAAUCAUCGUGGUCAGACCAACCCCCCCAGAAAAAACGUCUACAGUUCUUGUCCUUUUGCUGUCAGUAAGAAGCUGCGUGUAUUUUCUAAAACUGGAUAAUCCUGUUUAUUUAUUUAUUUAAUUUAUUGAAGAAUGGUUUUUAUCGCGUUUGAAUGCCUGAAAGCCGUCGACAAGGAUGCCUCAAGAAUAACCUUAAGAUUAUUUUGCUCAUGAAUUUUGUUUGGAUCAUGAUUGUGGAACUUUAAGUUCGUUAAGAAAAUGAACCUCUGCUUAUGGUUGAACCUCAUAACAUUUUCCGGUCUGCUUUUGUCGUUGGACACAAGAGCUCAUCAAGCUGAAGAAGAGCCGCUGACUGCCUCAAACAUGUCCCACUAUUCAACACACCUCUCCAAAGCUAAAUCCAUCACCCCGACUGAAGCAUCUGUGAACACGCUGCACAUCUCAACACCCAGCAAACACCUGAUCUCUGCAUCUAUAGGCGUUCCUCCAGGUCACCUAACAGCAGGUGGUGGAUUUGAUGCGGGUAGUUUCCUCGGUGGUAUGAUUCUGGCCUUUAUCAUCAUACUGGCCGUCGCUGUAGGGUACAGGCUGUUCUGCUCAAAACGGGCGAUUCGCUACAGGGUCAUCGAGGAACAUGAUGCCAUCAUUUAAAAAUGGAGCCAUCCAAGAAACCUUCAUGAUCUGAGGAGUUGGUUUUCAUCAUAAUUCAUAUGCAUAUGAGGGGUGUGUUCCUGGUGUCUUCACACUGGUUUGACUUGAUUUAAUUGAACCAAUUGAGGGUGUGAUUGCUUUGUUAGCGCCACUCAUUUAAAUGUGUGAACUUCGCAAUCCAAAUGGUGCACAGACACUAAUGAAAUGUAGGUUUCGGUCCACUUCCAAAUAAACUGUAAUGCUGUUCAACAGACAAUAUGAAUGCAGCAAGGACCAAACAAAACAAAACUUGGUGAAACAAAAACAGCAAAUGAUGUCAUAAGAUGUGACUAUAAAAGUACAGAAUGCUCAAAAUUGUAGUUUUUUGCUGCAAUUCUUGACGUGUGUGUAGCAGGAUUUAUCCUGACUCCUUUAUUAUUAUCAUUAUUAUUUUUAAGCUUUUCAACACAUAAAAAUAAUAUCUCAGGUCCACAUAUAGAAGUGAGUUUCACAUAGUAUACAGUACUGCUUUGGAUGUUUAGUAUGAAAAUAUACAUCACAAAACUUUUUUUGAGGGGACCGACUGUGAAAAGAACACAAUGUUUAUACAUAUUUUUGUGUUUUGGUUUGGUUAUUAAAGCUAUUUUGACAGUUUCUAAGUAAAAG